AUGACGACCUACAUCUCAGCGCUGACCCUCCCCGACAAGAUCUUCGCCAGCCCGGCGGCGUCGAUCUUGACACCCAUUGUUCUGGGUAGCGGAGUUGGCAUUGGCAUAAGCAACAAAAAGACCAAGGAGACGUACAUGUCCCUGCGACAACCUCCUCUCUCACCGCCAACCUGGGUCUUUGGCCCUGUCUGGACACUGCUCUACGGCCUCAUGGGAUACGCUGCCCACCGCGCCUGGAUGACCGGGACGUCACCUCUCAACUCAACCGAGCUCAUCCGCACGACCCGCCAUGCUGCCACCGUCUACUCGGUCCAGCUGGUACUGAACCUCGUCUGGACGCCGCUGUUCUUUGGACUCAAGAAGCCCGUGGCGGCUUUAGCUGAUAUUACGGCACUCAUCGGCGUCAAUGUCUACCUGACAUAUCUGUGGGCAGAGGUUGACAAGGUCUCGGCGUACUGUAUGGUGCCAUACCUUGGCUGGUUGGGUUUUGCGACGUAUCUGUGUGCCGGCGUGGGAUACGUGAACGGGUGGGAUUUGAGGGGCCGGAAGACUGCCAAGUCUGAGUAGGUAUGAGGGCGGUUGGGUAAUGAUGAGGCCAAAUCCUAGGAGGGAGAUUUCUUGGCUAGACGAAAGCCAUGCUCUCCGCAGAUGAAAGAAAAAAUAAGUAAUAAUUUAAUAGAGGUAAUACCCA